AAGCCCAACAUCCUAUCCAACCCCUUCUCUCGGUGCGAAAAGAGGAGAGGAAAUCGUCCGAAAAGAAAAGGCGAGCAACGAAGCGAGGGGAUUCCGCGGAGUUGGUGGAGGCGAGGGUUUGCUGCACCGCGGCCAUGGAGAACCUGGCGAUGCUGUGGGCGAUCAUCGGGCCGGGCGUCGCCGGCGCGCUCUUCGGCGCCGGAUGGUGGUUCUGGGUCGACGCCGUCGUCUGCAGCGCCGUCCAGGUCUCCUUCAUCCACUACCUGCCCGGGAUCUUCGCGUCGCUGGCCGCGCUCAUGUUCAAUUGCGUCGACAAGGAUGCCAUCGGGAACGACUACUACUCGUCCUAUGGGGAUGAUUCCGAGUGGAGGGUGAAGCUUUGGCUUUUCGUCGCCUAUGUUGUCUCUUUCGUCUGCCUAGCUGGAUCAGUGGGUUUGCUGGUGCAAGAUGCCUUGACAGACAAGGGCCCUUCUGUGUGGACUGGUGUUGCUGGCGUUCUGCAAUGCGUUUUUGUGUUGAUAAGUGGGUUGACAUACUGGACGUGCCACACCGAGGACUAGGAAGGGUCAAAAUGCUGUGAGCGGACUAGGAUGGCUGGUAAAAAUUCUCGCGAAGAUGUCUACUCUGCUGCCCGUGUGUGGUCCUGUGUAAAAAAUAUGUUCAUUCCAGGGCGGGAUUACUGGGUGUCUGUGUGUGCAUAGCUGACUGCUUCCCUGAAAUGGAUCCGUAGCAUCAGUACUACGUAUGUUUUUAUCCUAAUUUGUUGUGAGCCUGUGGUGCUUCGUGGUUCGAGAGGCUAGGAUUGGAGAUUGGAUCACGAGCUGCCUGCAGCAAAUCGUUAUUAUUGUCAAACCUCCAUAGUAUGAAAAAUGAGUUGACUCCAUUAAA